UGAUCAGCCCUGGCGUCUCCAGACCAGUAACUGGACCGUUUGCAGGUGGUGCCACCACUGCCCUGAUCAGACAGGCAGGUGCCACUCCCUCAGGACCCGAGUUGCAAAUUCCACCAACACUGACCCUGGUGACGGCGACCACACCCAGCGGGGCCCCGGGGGUGGGGACCUUAAGCGCCAGCGGAGCCACAGUGCAUCAUCAUGGUCUAAGCCCUUCACGGGGGACCCCACCAACCCCUCGAGCCAACCUUCAGCAACCAUCUCUAAAUAUGAGCAUUCAACCAACCGGACAACAACAAACUCCAAAGACUAUUGUUGGAGCAGGCGUUACAGCGCCAACUUCUGCGACAAACCUAACCAUGGUUGGGAAAGUUCUUCAGGAAACCAAACCCAGCAUAACUCCACUUGGCCUCACACACACAUUUCCCAACCUCACAGCACUAGCUAACCAGUCGGCUAUGGGGCCCUCUCCAAAGAAGAAAGUAAAGGUUGAGGAGAAGGCACCAGCUACAGUAGAAAUUGCCAACAACAGGAAACUUAUUCUUGACCAAAAACACCGAGAGAUGAUUGAGAUCAAAGAGAAUUACAUUGAGUACCUGACUGAACUGUUUUUCCUCCAAAAUAGUGGUAAUAUGAUGGACUAUCAUACAUGGAAGAAGCGACCCACACCUCAGCUUGUACACUUUUUGAAGUCUGGAAACCUAGACAGCGAUGAGGAAGAUGAUCAUGGACAGGAGAGAAAGAUCAAUAAUGAGGUGAAGGUAAUUACAUGCAGUGGAAGUAAUGUUCCCCUGGCAACACCAGUUGCCAUCUCCACCACACUACCACCAUCAGUGGCUGCCCUGAAUCAGCAAGCACCAAGCCAGAAAACAGCUGCUAGUACAACCACCAACAGCACGACAACCCUAACAACAUCCACAGUGGCAACAGUGUCUAUGCCACAACUACAAAGUCAGAUGUCAAAGGCUGCAGAUCCAAAGACACCUGUUGUGCACACUACACACACAACCAAGGCCACAUUUACCACAACAACAUCAAGUCAGCCAAUGCGCAUGCCCAAAUCUCCCCCUACCUCACCUGGUGGAACAGCCCGCCUUCACACACGCCAGCACACAAUAUCCAACAUCUACGAUGGUUCAAUCGGCUCACAGGAGGCCAUAGUGGAAAGGGCAAAACAGGAGGCACAGGUGAUGCAGCGUGUAGCAGAACUUCGUAAGGAAGGACUGUGGUCUUCACGACGGCUGCCAAAGGUACAAGAGCCACCACGAAACAAAAGCCACUGGGACUACCUACUAGAGGAGAUGCAAUGGUUGGCAGCAGACUUUCAACAGGAACGCAAGUGGAAAAAGGCUGCUGCACGAAAGGUGGCAAAGAUGGUGUCCAAGUAUUUCCAGGACCUUGAGCAGAAAGAGAUCAGAGCAGAGAAGGAGGAGGCACAGAAACUAAAAAGAAUAGCUGGACAGAUAGCCAAACAGGUCCGAGAGUUCUGGACAAAUGUGGAAAAAGUUGUGCAAUAUAAACAACAGACAAGAAAUGAAGAAAAAAGAAAGAAAGCUUUAGAUCUACACCUGAAUUUUAUUGUGGAUCAAACAGAAAAAUAUUCAACCUGGCUUACUGAAGGCCUUAAGAAAGAUGGCAGAACGGGAUCAUCUGGGGGGUCAUGUGCCACUACUCCUGAGCACUCAAGUGAUUGCGGUGAUCAUGAGUUUGAACCUGAAGCUGAUGAAUCUGAUGAUGAGGAAACAAUAGAAAAAGCAGAAGCAGAUAUGGAUGAGACCUCAACCCAGGCAGAGUUAGAUGCACUACAGAAGGAAGGGGAGGUUCCCUUAGAAGAGCUGUUAAAAACACUUCCCCAGGAGGUAUUGUCUGGGACAGCUAGUCUUACUCAGGAUACAGAGGAUGAGGCUGAUGAUGAAGGAGAUAAAAAGGACAAGGAUGAUGAGUUUAAUGCAAGUGAGGAAGAGGAAGUGGAUGUAGAAGAAACCAUUGAGGAACAGGAGAAACUAGACAAGAAAAUUGACUAUAGCAAGGAGCUGGAAGAUCUACAGAAUGAAGGUGAUAUGGACAUGGAAGAACUUUACAAGAAGUAUGCUGGAGCGUACGACAGUGAUUUUGAGCUCCCAGAAAGUGAGUCAGGAACUGAAGAUGACAGCGAUGAUGAUGACGAUGAGGAUGACAGCGAAGAGGAAGAGGAGUCAGAGGCCGAAGGAGAAGAUGAGGAUGACACAGAAGAAAAUGCAGACAACAAAGAGGAGGAAGUUGGGCUGGACUUCCUUAUGACUUCCGAUUCUACAAGUCAGGAUACACAAGGACAGGGAGAUGCUGAAGAAAAAGGGCCUGGUAAGGAGCUGGUGGACAUUGCAGCACAAGCUCAGAGUUUGCAGCCAAAGGGUUACACUCUUCAGACAACAGAGGUGAAGACGAAGGUGCCCUUCCUCAUCAAACACACCCUGAGAGAGUACCAGCAUGUCGGGUUAGACUGGCUGGCCACUAUGUAUGAGAAACGUCUUAAUGGAAUCCUUGCUGAUGAGAUGGGCCUUGGCAAAACUAUUCAGACUAUAGCUCUUCUGGCCCACUUAGCCUGUGAUAAAGGUAUCUGGGGACCACACUUGAUUGUUGUACCUACCAGUGUAAUGCUCAACUGGGAAAUGGAGAUCAAGAAGUGGUGCCCGGCCUUCAAGAUCCUCACCUACUAUGGCAAUCAGAAGGAGAGGAAGCUGAAGCGACAGGGUUGGACCAAAACCAAUGCCUUUCAUGUGUGUAUUACCUCAUACAAACUUGUAAUCCAAGACCACCAGUCUUUCAGGAGGAAGAAGUGGAAGUACUUCAUUCUGGACGAGGCCCAGAACAUCAAAAAUUUCAAGUCCCAACGUUGGCAAACAUUGCUGAAUUUCUCCAGCCAACGACGUCUGUUACUAACUGGGACACCUCUUCAGAACAAUCUGAUGGAGCUCUGGUCCCUAAUGCACUUCCUUAUGCCAAAUGUGUUCCAGUCGCAUCGCGAGUUCAAGGAGUGGUUUGCCAACCCCCUCACUGGUAUGAUUGAGGGAAGCCACGAGUACAACGAAAGCCUUAUCAAACGUUUGCACAAGGUCCUGCGACCGUUUUUGUUGCGAAGGUUAAAAGCAGAUGUAGAAAAACAGAUGCCAAAGAAAUAUGAACAUGUGGUUAUGUGUCAGCUUUCCAAACGUCAACGGUUCUUGUAUGACGACUUCAUGUCACAGGGCAAGACAAAGGAAACAUUAGCCAGUGGUCACUUCAUGAGUGUCAUCAACAUUCUGAUGCAACUUCGUAAGGUCUGCAACCACCCCAGUCUAUUUGAUGAGCGGCCAAUUGUUUCACCAUUCCAAACUGAAGGCAUCACAUUCCAUACAUCUUCUGCUGUUCUGAAAAUGUUGGAGUAUGACCCCUUCACAGAUGUUGAUCUGUUGCGGUAUCCGGGACUAGCAGACAUGGAACAAGAUUUGCCUGCAUUUGUGGCACACAGAGUGAAGCGGCUCCAGACAUCUCAACAACUGAUAGAGGAGAUUGAUGAGCAGCCAGAUCCCCCUCCUCGACUAAAACCUGGCAAACUGAAACCAGUCAACUUUAGAAGUAUAUCUCCCGUGUCGAGGAGUGUUUCACCGCUAACAAACCAGACCCCUGCCACAACUGUCACAGAGAAAACCAAAACAGCAGCGUCUGUCACUACAUCUACUGCCGUUACGACUGCUGGGGUGGGAACCACCAUCACUUCCACCACAUCAACCACACUCACUGCUGCAGUUAUACCAAGGACACAGUCUUCAAUAACCAUGACAACCAGCAGUGUGGCACAGCCUCUCACUUCUGUUGUGGCAUCCAGCACCAGUGUAACCAGCACCUUGUCUGUCAUCAACACUACUGGUAGUGUCAUCACCCCACAGGCCAAGAUAGGACCCAUCACCACCACAACAGUCAGUCUGCCAUCCUCCUCAAGUCAGGUGACCACCUCUCAACCAAUCACAGUACAGAUACAGCAGACGGAUCAAGGUGCUCGGCUUAUGAUACCUGCAGGCCAACUGUCACAACUACCUGCUGGUUUCAUCCAGAUUGUUCAGACUUCCAUGGGUCAACAGAUUAUUGCAUCAUCAGUUGCAACUUCAGCUCAGCAGCGUGUGGGAUCACCAUCAAUCACAGCUAGUAGUGUCAGUCGUGCCACCACAACAAGCAGUACAAUAGUAAACGGUUUGCCUGCAAUCACCACAGUUGCAGCUUCCUCUGCCAGUACCACGCUAACAACAGUGACUACCCAAGUCAAACCGGCUGUGUCUGUGCAGCUUCCACUGACUACCACUACUACCACUCUUAAACCUGUCAUGAAGGUCUCCCCCAUGGUAACUGCUUCAACCUCCACCACAAAUGUGGUAAAAGCCAGUAUAUCAACGACAGUAUCCGAGACCAAACCUACCACGGGUCUUUCUACUCGAUUUACUGUACAGAAAACCAAACGCCGCGUCAAGACAGAGCUUCUCCUGGACACAUUAUGUGACAGGAGGGAGUGUCGACAACGGGAUAAGCUGGGGUACAUUGCUCGUACAAACAAGUUACAUUGUGAACGUAAGCCUGUUUAUGGACAGGACUUGCGUUGUACUGUGAACGUUAUGAGCGACACAUGCAAGACUCGCGUGCGUGAUAACACGUGGUGCUCCCAAGGGCAUGUGCACUGUACAAACAUUAACUCUUGGAGCAAUCCUCAUCGCCCAGAAAUCUUCUGGAAUCAAACCAAAGUGCUUUCAAAUCUGGUCCAUACUCCUUUACAAUACCUACACCAACUAGAAGACAUUUUAUCUAGGUACGUGUUUGUUACUCCACCUGUUGUAUCACCUUGCAUCAAAAUGCAUGUGUCUCAUCCUCCAUCCUCCACUGUGAUGAGUGAGCGAUGGCGGGACUUUAUCCUUCAUAAAGAAGUAUCGCCCAAGGCGAGUUGUCUACACAAAAUUUCUACCAACAGAAUGGUGCAGUUCCCUGAACUUCGACUUAUACAGUAUGACUGUGGUAAACUUCAGACAUUAGAUCUCCUGUUGCGACGGCUGAAGUCAGAGGAUCACCGUGUUCUAAUUUUCACACAAAUGACGAAGAUGUUGAACAUUCUGGAGUCCUUUCUCAGUUACCAUGGUCAUCGCUACCUCCGACUGGAUGGAACAACACGUGUUGAGCAGAGACAAUUUCUAAUGGACCGGUUUAAUGCUGACCGGCGUAUUUUCUGUUUCAUUUUGUCCACACGAUCAGGUGGAAUUGGUGUGAACCUGACAGGCGCUGACACUGUGAUAUUUUAUGACAGCGACUGGAAUCCAACCAUGGAUGCUCAGGCUCAGGACCGAUGCCAUCGCAUUGGACAGACACGUGAUGUCCACAUUUACAGACUGAUUAGUAAAAAGACAGUAGAGGAAAACAUUCUGAAGAAAGCCAACCAGAAACGCAUGCUUGGGGAUAUGGCUAUUGAAGGAGGCAACUUUACCACUGCUUUCUUCAAGGAGAACACCAUCCAGGAGCUGUUUUCAGAGCCAUCAGGACUGGAUUCUCUGGUGGAACCCAAAGUGACAGAAAUACAGACAACAAAAUCUCUAGGGGGUGGGGAUGAGGUCAAGGACACAAAAUCCUUUGGGAGUGGAGAUCAGAAGCAGGCAGGGGUACCUUCAGACAAGAACAUUGUAGCUCAAUUUGAACAGGCACUGGGAAAGGCUGAAGAUGAGACUGAUGUAGUAGCUGCCAAUCUAGUGAAAGCAGAACAGAAAGCAGAACUUGCUGAGUUUGAUGAGAACAUUCCAUGGGAUGAGAGAGAGGCAGAGAAACGGAAAGAAGAAGAAGAGAUGUCCAAGGCAGAACAAGAAUUAGCUAUGUUGGACAAAGAGCUUACUCCCAUUGAGAGGUUUGCAGUCACGUUUAUGGAGAAUGAAAUGAAACCAGAUGAUGACCUUGAGAUAUCUGUGGAGGAGAUUGCCAACUCUAAGAAGGACUGGGAGCUAGCACGACUAAAGGCAUUAAAAGAAGAUGAGGAACGCCGCCUUGAACUGGAAGAGGAUGAAAUGCUGUACACAUACCUUCGUGAUGACUCGUACAACCAGGUGUUCAUCUCUGAUACAGAUCAAGAACACAUGCCGCUUUGGGCACCACCUACUCCCCCUCAUGAUGACAAUGACAUCUACUUGGACCAGACCAUGUGCUUUCUUUAUGAGCCAGCGGUGAUGCCAGAGUCCCAACUGCCACCCAUUUACAUAAAGAAGGAACACAAGAAACCGAAAGUCGAGUCCAUCACAACACGUAAACAGAAGCAACGUAAAGAAGAACAACCAAGGGUGCCUCGUUCCCUAUUUGACCGUCCCACGGCUGCCUUGCUGAGAAUGAGACGUGAGGCCAAGCUUAAACAGGGCGGCUUGCUCAAACCUUUCCGCCCGGUCCCACCAGUCCUCAACAAACCGGCAGACCAGUCAUCAGACCAUCCUGAAUGGCUGAUCCAUGAAGACUGGGCACUCCUUCAGGCAGUGCAAAGUCUGUUUGAUGUACCUCUGAACCUGAUGGUGGUGUCUCCAGCCCAUCAGCUCAACUGGGACCUGGUGGCAGACAUUGUGAGCAGUGUCAGUCGAGUAUACCGCUCUGCAAAACAGUGUAGGAACCGCUAUGAGAAUGUCAUCAUUCCUCGUGAGGAGGGACGCAUUCUGUAUGACAUCAAUCCCCGCAAACAGAGCAAGAAAACAAAAGGCAUAUACAAGACAAAGAACAACCGUCCAAUGCGCACCAGUCAGUUAUAUGUACAAGAUGGCAAUCAGGCCAUCACCAUGCUACACUCCCUAAGGUUUGACUCGGCUAAAACGCUGGCUGCCAAGCGACCACCCACACUCAAACAGACACUAGUGAGCCCCACACCCAAGAACCCCAAACACGCUGCUGUGUUGUCUGAGAGUGGUAUCACAUAUGACCAGCCACUGGACCCUAUGAACGUGGCGGAGAUCCGUGCCCAGAGGAUCCAGCGUGAGAAGAAACAAAAUCAAGCUGCAGCAGCUGCGACAGCAGAACAGCAACACAUGACCGCCCGGACACUUGCCCAGCAACAAGCUGCGGCACCCCAGGCAAGUCCUGCACCUCAAGCCACUGCACAACCCCAGCCUGUCACUGUUACUGCAGCAAUUGCAAUUCCCCAGGGGGCAGUCCCUCAAGGGGCUGUCACCCAGCAGUUACAACCAAUCCAGACCACUGUUGCAUCAGCAGUCAUGGCGGCAGCGGCAGUUCCAAAAUCAGGAGUGCCACAGGGUACAACAGCUGUGUCGCUAGCUCGUAGUGCCACUGGUAACAUCGUCGUCAAUACGCCCAGUGGCGUAGCACCAGGCUUUGCCGCCAUCAAUCGCCGAAUGAAUCAGGCUACCAGUCUAGGCCAGGCCUCAUCAGUUACGGUAACUGGAACACUGAACCCAACGAUUCGUGCCCAGCGACCACUGACCAUCCCCAUACAGGAGAUUACUGCCAUCACCAGCCAGACUGGUCAGGUGACCCACGUAGCAACAACGGGUCAGGUCGCUCGCACACAGAUCCAAACAACAGUGCCAACCCUGACAUCCACCCAACUGGCUCGUAUUGCUUCAACACAGGGAACAACUCUACCAACAGGUACAGUUCAAGCAACUAUGACAAAGGCCUUGACACAACAGCAGCUGAUAGCUCUUUCUCAGCGCCAGCAGCGGCAAACUGCUUUCCAACAGCAGCAGCCACGCAAACUUAACCUAACGCCAGACCAGCUUAACCAGCAGCGGUUGAAGCAACUUCAGCAACAAGGUCGUGGUGUUGGAGCUCCCAAGGUCAUAGCUCAGCAGCUGGUGACAAGCUUGGCACAGGUUCCCAAGCAGAAGAUGGGCACCUCUCUUGCACGCCAGAUCCCACAGGAGCUCUUGUUGCACCAACCGAAGUUGCCUCAGAAAACACAGGUGCAGGUGGUAGCCCAAGGGCAAGCUGGUGCCCAGCUUCAGCAGAUUCACUUGGCUACCACACAAGGAGCUGGGAUCCCUACAACCCAGAUAAUACAGGCCCAAGUCCAUCAGGUUGGACAGCCUGCCACACUAACCACUGCUGUAAAAACUUCAGCUGCUGGAACACCCAUUCAGAUCACACAGCUUCCCCAACAGAAGGCUGGAGUGGCUAAAGCCACCACCAUUAACCAACUCCAGCCAGCACAACUGAAACAGAUGCAGCUGAUAGGUCAGCAGAAACGUCCUCUGCAGCAGCCAUCUAAAAUUACAUCCCUUGGACAAGUGGGUAAACCAGUGCCCCUUAAUGCUGUGCAGAUAAUCCAGCAGCCAUCCACUGGUCAAAAUGUCACUUACCAGUUACAACAGCUGGUGAAACGAAACCCAGGCAGUGGCGUGAUAAUAACCUCACAGCCCCCCACCAUCAUUGCCACAGUGACGCAAGGCCAACAGGGUCAACUAGUGCAGAAAGUUUUAAGUACAUCAGCCACCCAGUCCAGUCACCUCCAGACCAUCACAGCCGCAUCUCACCAUCCGGUCACCCAUGCAACAAUCGUGACUGGAACACCACAAAUGUCUGUAGCUACCCUUAGUCUGGCAACAGCAUCAUCACAGGCCACCAAACCUACUGUGGUGUCUACUCUCUCAACAGACCCCCGACAGGCAGUUCAGGUCCAUUCAGUAGCUCCACAACAGGCAAAGAUUGCAGCCAUCUCUCAGUCAACAGCCACUUCCCAGACUAUACAACAAAUUCAGGUCACACCGGCUACUAUACAACAGGUACAUACCACUGUUGCAACACCUGCCAUUCCACAGCCACUCACUGUAACAGUGGCUCCAUCUAGCCAGUCACCUGCCCUCACAGCAACUAUAUUACAGACGAUACCAGCCCCAGUUCAGCAGGAAGCCCCAUCAGGUCCCCAGGCUACAACACAGAUUCAGGUGACCACUAUACCACAGUCAACAGCCAAUGUUGCUGCCCAGCAGACUCUGUUGCCAGUUGGAGCAGUAACAGCACAGGCCGCAGCAGCAGCUGUGCAGGCUCUGCCACAAGGCACAGCUCAGGGGCUUGUAAAUGUAACACAGUCACCACAACAACAGGCUGCCGCAGCAGCUGCUGCAGCUGCAGCUGGAUCCAAAGGACCCUAUGCCAUGAGAACUAGAAAUCCUCCAAAACAUUAAUUUAAAAUUAAGUCACAAGAACUUUUUUACAGAGAAAAUUGUGACUAUAUAUCUGUGAACCUAUUGCAGAAUCUACAGCCAGAUCUUUUGGCCGGCAGAGAUUCAGUUAUAUCUGAUAGGAUUCAAAACAUUUAAAGUUUAGUCACUGCCUGCUCAUAAUAUUUAUUGUUGCAUAAAAGCGGAAUUGUGGAUUAGCUUUCCAAUCUUUAGAAAGGUGGACAGCGAGAAACAUUGGUCAACAGUUGACAUGCUCAAAUUGUGAUCUUGUCUCGUAAAGAUUGUGAGGAUAUGGAACACUUGUUAUCAAUGUGAUGGAAAGUCUUGUCUAGCACAGAUUCUUGACAAUGUGGCUACUGAGCAGAGUUAUGUGUCGGUUGAAGUUCAUCAUUGUUUCAUUCAUGACCCAUACAUGUGAUUGGUAUGAUUCGUAUCCAAGUGUUUUGGUGUUGUAAUGGUUACAUGAAUCAUUCAGUGUAAGUUAUUGUGUGUCAAGUUAUUUUGUACUGUGGUCAACAUUCAAAUGUAGCAAUCUAGGAAGGGGAAAAUGAAAUAGUACACUUAGAAAUGCUUUAAAUUCACGCAGCAUUAAUCUGAGUACUUUGUUUUAAUGAUGUGAUGAUAGCAAGUUUGAUGAAAAUUAAGAGAGGAUCUUUCCCCUGAGUUGUUCUGGGGACUAUUUCAAUAACACAUAAACCCUAGUCAAGGAUUUGAUUUAGUGAUUUCAACGGUAAAAUUCUAAAUAUUCAGGCUGUAUAUUUCUGAUUUAUUAAUUGUAGUUAGAAACACAAGUUGAAGGGUUAAGUUUUCAGAUAAUUAAUUUGAAAACUACAAUAUUUAAAAAAAAAAAAAAAAAAUGAAGGACUUGGCCCCCACCUGUAUAGAAGAAAUAACAGUUAAAAUACUAGGAGUAAGCAUCUGGUCCGUCAGAAUCAGUUAAAAUUACACAAAAUAAUUUUGGUGAAAAUAAACUUCAAACUUUCAGUCAACAUUAUCCAAAAUCACAAUAAAGUGUUUAAAAACAUGCGAGGAAGGCAGGAAACUCUAUCAUUAAGACAAGUGCCAGUUAAGAGAAUUAAUGUGUCAGUUAUAAUAUGAUAAUAAUUUAUAUGUAAAUCAAUUGCUGCAAAACUGCUAGAUUUAUUUUGUCAGUCAUCAUGUUGAAGAAACCUUGUUGGCCUGUCAAAUCAUGUUUAGAUGUACAGUGAAAUAUCAACCCUUUGACAAUAUUCAUGCUGUCAUUGCAUGCUUUCGAUCACUUGUUAUGUGUCAGCAUUCUUUUGCAACAGCGACAAGAGAUUUUGAAAAUUACACUGAAUCAAUGUUAAUUAAGUGACUUGUAUGUGCAUAACUGUUGGAAUCGGUUAUUUACAAACCUCUUACAGCAGUGUGUACCAUCAAUGCCAGUAAAGAUUAUAGUGACAUCAGAAUCCUUAUCAAUAGUUAAACCUAUGUACAAUCACUCAAUGUGUUGGAAUGAUGUUAAUUGUAGUGAAACCAGAAUGGAAAGGGUUCAAACUAUCACAAGACCAAAAAAAUUAUUGUCUUUAUUGAAAAAUUCAAACUACCAGUAAUGCAUAGUGCAUUCUAAUGCUACAUUGGAGUUACUCUUGUUUCUUACAUGUAGGAUCAGAAAUGAGUUUUCAUAUCAUAUCAAGUUAAGUUUUGACAGAUUUUAAAAUCAAAAUAUGGAAGACAAAAUCAAAUGGGGGCAACCAAUGUGUUAUGGCACUUUCAAUUCAUGGCAUUGUCCAUAUGACUUCAGAAUGAUUUCUGACUGGCGUAGCCAAUGAAAAAGGCUUAAGGGUAUAUUAAAUGUACAGUAAUUACAUAUGCAAUAAUCUCACAUGGGUGAAAUCAUCAGAUAAAAAGCCAAUUCGGUGAUAAAAAAAUGAAGGACGCAAUAGUGCACUAGCCUGAUGUGUUCCCUUUCUCAUUGAUCAUAAACACCUCAUGUCUGUAUGUAUGUAAUGAUGGGUAUAGUUCUCCAGGUAUCAAGGAUGUUGCCUUGGUGUCAAGAUGGAAUGGCUUGUGUUAGUUUAUGCAUGACGAAUACACCUGAACAGGUGUAUGCUAUUAAGAUGUUUGUGUUAAUGUAUAACAGACAUCCUAUUAUUUACUGUGCAAACACACCAAUAAUGUGUUAAGAUUAUAAGGCAGCUUUUUCUUUCGAUCAAAUCUGAAAUAAUCUGUAAUAAUUAUUCAUAUUAUGUAAAUAGGUGAAUAAAGUCAUUUCAAAGUGA